GAUGUCGCACUUCAAGACUAAUAGAUUUUUAUUAUUUAUCGUUGGUCUUUGGCCAUUACAGAGAAAUUUAUUACAAGAAGUGCAAUCUUUAUUCACAAUAAUUUCAGCUUUCUGUAUGAUCUUUUUACACAUAGGAACUGUGAUCGUGGCAUCAAAAGAAGCAGACGUUGACAUUGUUUUAGAAACAUUUCCUAAUGUUUUACACUGCAUUGUAAUUAUUGGAAAUGCAAUUAUAUGGAUAAUUAAAUUCAAUAAAAUUAAAGAUCUUUUGACACGUGUUCAUUUUAAUUGGAAAUAUUUUCUACCCGAUGAAAUAUCAAUAUUGGAAAAAUAUGCCCAUAAAAGUGAAAAACUUACUAAAAUUUUUGCAUGGAUUAUUUUGGCACCAAUUUUUCUAAUCUUCUUAUAUACGACAUUAAAUAGUUUUACAAAAUCGUUUUCACGAACAACAGGAACAACUAUACACGUCGUUUUUAAUGUAAAAAAUUUCUUCAAUAUUGGAAAUUAUUAUUACUCUCUUCUUACUGUGACAUUUUUCGGAAGCUGUGUUGCUGUUUGUGCAUCUUUCGCGGUAGACUCAGUAAUGAUCAUUUUCCUUCAACAUGCUUGUGGAAUGUUCACAAUAUUAACGCAACGUAUGCAGAAUAUAACAGCGGAAUAUGCAAAUUUUUAUCAAACUAAGAAAACAGAAGAAAAAAAUCGUCAAAUUAUUAAUGAAUGUCUAACAUUACAUAAAAGCAUUAUUGAAUUUUCAGAUCUAUUGAAUUCAAUCUUUUCAUUAGGAUUUCUAUUAGCACUAACUCUAUACACGGUGAUUUUAAGUUUCGCAUCAUUUUGCGCACUUGAAUAUAGACAUAAACCACCUAUUAUGAUGAGAUAUGCGAUGCUAGCUUUUGGCUCUAUUUUACAUCAAUUCACUAAAUUUUGGCAAUGUCAAAGCUUAAUUGAUCACAGUGCAACAUUUCGAACUGAAAUAUGUAAUUCAAAUUGGUAUAACAUUCCACCAAAAACAAGAACAAUUUUAUAUAUCAUGUUAAUGAGAUCUGAUAAGGUAUGCAAGGUAACAGCAGGGAAAUUCUUCGAAAUGUCCUUUCAUACAUUCUCAAAGAUUUUAAGUACAGCAGCUUCAUAUUUCACGGUUUUGACAACUUUAAAAGAAUAAAAAAAAAUAUUGUAUCUCAUUUUUUUUUAAUUUUGAUAAAUAAUUAAUUUUUACUCUACUUUUAUUAAUAAUUAACUUGAUAUGUUAUAAUUAUUAUCAACGGGGGUAACUAAAUAAAGCAAAAAAUGCGACUUUUCUUUUUCAUUUAAGAGUGAAUUGUCAUAACGUACUUGUUGACAUAGAAUAAAUUCCUCAAUAUUCUCAAAUACAGGAAACAAAAUAAAAAAAAACAUACCAAACCGAUAAUAAUUUGUACAACAAAUAUUAUUCAUAAUUGGAAAACAUUAAUGUCAAAAGAAGAAUAUCAAAUUAUUGUUUUAUUAAUUUCUAACGUAUAUUUAAUCAAUAGGAUAAAUAAUAUCAAUGUAUGGUCGCUAUAUUACCCUAAGUCUAAUAAAUUUGUUUCUAGUGAUUGUAAAUACACGUUUUCGUCAAAAUUGUAAAUAACAAGACA